AUGGUCUAUAAUCAAUCAGGAAAAAAUAUUGACGAGUUCGAUGAUAUACAAGCAGAUUUCGGACCAUUGUUGCCGUAUAAUGGAAUAAAAGGUUAUGUAGUUCUGGCGAAUCCAGUUCAUGCAUGUCAACAAAUUCAACCACCACCGAACAUUACUAACCACACGGAAACAUAUACAUUUUGGAUUGCACUCAUUCAACGUGUAAAACCAACGCCAGGUGGAAAUGGUUCUUGUAAUUUUGAUCAAAAAGUAAUUAAUGCACAAAAAUAUUUUAAUGCAGUUAUCAUUUAUAAUUAUGAAGAUAAAAUGAUAAAAAUGAGUGCAGGCGGCAGUGGAAAAGUGUUAAUUCCAGCUGUUGCUAUAUCAAAAAGUGACGGCUUAACAAUAAUUAAUCAAUACGUGCACAAUAAAUCUUCAAGUCAUACACCAUUAUAUUACAUAAUAAUUACACCUGAUCAAACAUUCAACUUAACAUAUUAUUUGAUACCGUUUGCUGCGAUUGUCGGUAUCUGUCUGUUUGGUUUAUGCAGUUUUGUUUUAGUCAAAUGUUAUUUGCAUCGUCGUAGAGAACGGAGACAUCGUUUACCUCGAUCAGCUUUGAAACAAUUAAAAGUAAAAAAAUUUCAGAAAGGUGAUCCGUACGAUGUAUGUGCAAUUUGUUUGGAUGACUACGAAGAUGGUGCAAAAUUAAGAAUACUCCCAUGUGAUCACGCAUAUCAUAUGAAAUGUAUUGAUCCUUGGCUAUUAAAUAACAGACGUCAAUGUCCUAUUUGCAAACGUUAUGUAUUUCCAAAUCGAGAUCAGGAUUCAGAGGAUGAAUCUGAUCAUCGACCAACGGAACAAACGCCUCUUCUUGGUGCGACAGCUGAACCAAAUAACGGUUCAACUCCAAGAGCCCGUUUUAACACAACAGUAGAGGAACAUGACAGUAAUCAUCAACAACAACAACGUCGAAUUCAACGAACUAGUGGCGAUUCACAUGGAAUAUAUGGCAGCGUUCAGUCAUCCUCUUUUACAACGCCUCAUGCUGCGAAUUUCUUUCUUGAUAGUCUUGGUGAUCAAAAUACUAGUGAUUUAUCACAAUCACAUUCUUAUCCAAACACAGCACCGAUUAAUCAAGGUACUAGAACAACACCCUAUAUGAAUAUUUCAGUUAAAAGUGUCGAUGAGAUGUCGUCGUCCGAUGAACAUAGCAACGAUGAUAAUAUGCAUUCAGUUGUAUCAGACACAACGCAGAUCAAUCAAGGCUAUUUAGACGAUUAUGAUGUUGAGAAUACUACUUUGCGUACAAUAGUCUAA